AUGGCUUCUUCACCUGAGUGUAUAACCUGGAUGGUUGUGGGCCUGACUGAAUCUGUCACCAUAAUAGCUCUGAAUUCGUUGACAGUGAUUGCAUUUUGUAGAGACCGUAAUCUUCGUAAACAAUCCACCUACUUGGUGAUAAGCUUGGCAGUUGCAGACAUGUUAUCUGGGGGAAGUUCUGCACUCGACCUCUUCUAUGAUGUUGGAACGAUAUGUAACUCCUGGAGGUACAAUAUAGAGCAUUGGUACAUACAUGUCACGCUCUUCUGGUUUGUCAUCUGUUCGUUAACAAAUAUGACUGUUAUUUCUCUAGAACGCCUGAAUGCAACGUUUUUGCCCUUCAGACAUCGUACGAUGAAAAAUUCAGUCUACUGGGUUCUUAUCAUCGCCAUCUGGUUAACAGCACUACUCAUCCCAUGUGCGUUAAUAAUAAAUUAUCACUAUGCACAUGAACAGAAUUAUUAUUUCUACGCCUGGGGUUCAUUCGUCUCAAUUUGUCUUUUGGUCAUUUGUGUCUCUUAUGUUUUUAUUUUUGUCAAGCUUCGCUUUGGAAAUCGGCCUCGAAACCAUGGUGCGGCAAAUAGAGAAAGGAAAUUGACCGUUACCUUGUUCACCGUGACUUCUCUCUCUCUCCUAUUGUGGAUGUCUUAUGUUCUAGUUAGUUUUCUGAAUUUUGCUACUGACAUUUUAAGUUCAUCGUCUAAAAUAGCGUUUUUUCGCGUGGAACGUGGUUCAAUUGUCUUGCUCUACGCAAACUCUUUUUUAAAUCCGAUACUGUAUAUUAUGAGAAUGCCAGGUUUUAGGCAAGCUUUAAAGAUAUUAUGUCGCCAACGACCUCAGCCACACAGACAGGUUCAGAUCAUUCCCCUUCGUGAGAUUGACCCACAAAUUUGAAUUUAACUUGUGUGGGCGAAAUGACCAUUCAAAAAGGUUUUGUGAAGGUAGUUUUUGAUAGGAAGUUUGCUUUGAACUCUCCAAGCUCUGCAUUAAACUCCAAAAAUAGGCAAAGAAAAAAAAUUGGGAAAAUUGAAUUAAUCAGAUUAAGUUAGGGAUCAUUCAUUACUUAUCGCCUUGUUAAGGGGAGGGGGGAGAGGAGUUUUUGGGGGAAUCAUGUGGUAGUCAGGGGAAAAGGAGGGAGGAUCAGACGUCAUCAACAGAUUCUAAAGGGGAAACUGACCUCUAAUGACCUGUUCCUUAGGCUCGUUCUCUUUCGAAUUUACUAUAUUUCCUCGUUGUCUAUGAAAACUUUGAUCAUUAUUACAACCUCUGUUUCGGUCUCUUGGCAAUCUCAUCUAAGCGAUGAAUUAUCGUACGGUUAAGAGUAGUCUAGAAAAGGAGUGGAGUCUUUAAGACUAUCCGACGCUUUUUACUUUAACCGGAGUUGAAGUCAUUUUACUUUGACGACUCCUUUCCAGGUUGUAGGAAAGUCAAUCACCGUCACAAAGAGUAAAGCUCCCCAGACAGAUUUAAUCCCCCUAAUCUCUAUAUACGCUGGUGGAUAUUGAACAAGAUCCCCCGUGUGGUCUCGAGUUAUCGAUAGCGACAAGGACUGUCGGGCCUGGUCGCCUACGUCAUGCAAUAUCAACAACAACAGCAACUUUUGUAGGCGCCAGGAUUACACGUUAUGACGUAGUUUGUUCGUGGUUUUCGUUUUUGCUUAGUAUCGUUUUCGCGUCUUCAAAGCUCUUUUUUAAUUAGAUAUACUGUAUGUUUCCUUUGUUUCAUGUGUAAGGUGUCGUUUUGCAUUUUGUUAAUUUGGGUUUGUUUGAUUAUUUCCAUUACUUUAGAUUUAGUUUGUGUCUAAUUGAAUUGAGUUCAGGCCUUUUCCUGCGCGAUUAUGUCACAGUCGUUUUUUACUACUUUGUUUCGCUUUGAUCGUUUCUAUUCUUCGCUUUGAUUCGCUUCAUGUUUUGUCUAGAUGCGCUGGAUUCCGUUUUUGUCAAAGACAUAAAUAUAAGCACGUUAGACAUUGUGACUACUACUUUAAUCAUACUGUGCAAUUUCACAUUAUUUAUUUUGUAAAUAAACAUUAAUGUAAUAGCUUGUCAUUACAAAAUAGCUUAACGCUGUAGAUUCUAAAGUUAAUAUGCAUUUCCUCUAUACUGUUCUCGAUAUAUUUCCAAUGGUUUUGACAAGGAGAAUUAGACAAUCAAGGGUUCUUAAGUUAAUGAUCAUUUCCUUUAUUCUCGUGACCUUUUUGUUUUAUUCAGGGGUGAUACUGUAAGGAGAAAUUAGAUGUAAGUCAAUCUUAGGGUUCAAAGGGUUAACAGCUAAAGGAUUUGUAGAUGAGCUAGAUGACCGCUCUUUAUCAAUUUGAAUAUACACAACAUCAGAAAGAAAGGAUGUGAUUAGCUAAGUUAUUUAGUUAUUUAUCUCAAUUAGUAAUGGUAAUAGGACUGAGUGGGGUCCGAUUCGGUCUGCAAUCUUACUUUGUUACCAAGAGUAUGAUUAAAGACCGAAUUGGACUCCACGAAGUCCUAUUACCAAUUAAUUAUGAAAAGUACAAUUUGCGAGAAGAGAAGUAUAGCUAAGUUAUCUUAGGAAAGAGAAAAACUUCCUUAAAGGACUGACGAAGGAAUUAGAGUUUCUAUGGUGAUUGAAACCGAGGCUGUGAUCGGUUGAUUUAAAUUGCAGUUUUGAAUGUGAUUGGUUCAUUUAAACUACAACUUCGGAUGUGAUUGGCUUAUUGAACUGUCCCAUAACAAAUUGUACGGCAAGUAAAUUAAUGGAAAACGUGAGUUUUUCGAACCGAUCACAAUCGAAGAAAUUGUAAUUUUUAUGAUUAAGACUGAUACUCCCAGCACAAAUGCAUAAUUUAAAGAUAAUCAACAUCGAUGCGUGUAUGAAAUAAUAAAAAAAAUAUGGGUAGAUUUGUAUCAGAAAUAAACUGACAUAAAUAAAAGUCGACUAAUAAAUAUGAAACAGGCUCCAUUUUCUCUGUCGAAGGGAUGCAAAUGUCGAGCGUGGGAGUUGGAUAAAACAAUAAGAGUCCAGCAAUGAAGUCCUACGCCUACGAAAAGAGGGCGGAGUUUGCCUAUCUGUUUGUCUCGCUUUAUUUACCUCAAACUAAGGGAAUAAAAAACGAGGGAAUAAGGAUCGAUGAACGGAAAACAGGGAACAGAGAACGGGGAAGAGAAGUAAAGAACGUGGAGCAAGGAAAAGGAAACAGAAAACAGAAAACAGAAAAUAGAAAACAGGGAACAGGGAACAGGGAACAGGGAACAGGGAACAGGGAACAGGGAACAGGGAACAGGGAACAGGGAACAGGGAACAGGGAACAGGGAACAGGGAACAGGGAACAGGAACAGGGAACAGGGAACAGAGAACAGGGAACAGGGAACAGAGAACAGGGAACAGGGAGCGGGGAACAGGGAAUAGAGAACGGGGAACAGAGAGCAGAGAACAGGAAACAGGGACCAGGGAAAAUUGUAGAAACCAGCCAAGUUUGGGUGGGAUAAUUUUGGCUGGGUAAAUAACUGAUUUGUUGCCUAAAAAUAUGAAUAAUUAUUAUUAAGUUCGGAUCUAGCGCACGCUGUCACUGGUUAUAAGAGCUUGCCUUAUCAGAGUACAAAACACGGAGCUGAGCUGUCACGCCAUCUGCCUAAUUGCACUAUGUCCGAUCAUUUCCCAGACUCUUUUCAUGUACAUUAUUAACAUGUAAUAACACGAUUUCACAUGCAAUUAGGCGUAAUAAGCACUUGUUUUAUUUUUCAAAGACUAUAAAUUGCACAAACCAAAACUUGCGGCAUAUCAUUUUGCAAAGUUUAAGCUAUAGACAUGUAGACCUGUACAGAGAGGAAUGCACUUGGGGUCAUUAGUAAAAACUAUGAUAUUUUGUUUAAUAAAUCAACAAACCGUGGUAAUUUUGAUUUGCUUUGAAGUUGUUUGGAUGAUUAACGAGUUUUUUUUGUUGUUGUUUUUUUUGUUUGUUUGUUUUUGUUUUGUUUUUUAGUUCAAGCGCUACGACAAAGUAGCGACAAGUCUCACAACUCAGCACCUCUACACGGUACAAGAAGAUAAUAAUUUUUCCCUCUUUACAGCGAUUGUUGUAUUCCGCCACUUGGCACGUUUUGCUUUCCAGUUUGCUGACCGCUUUGCUAGUGGUGAGUCUUAGCUGCAUGUGGAAUGUCACUAAAAGCAUUAUCAGGCAACAGUGAAAAGAAACGGUGAACUGGGAACGGUAAAGAACGGGGAACGAAGAACGUAGAGCGGAGGAAGGAGAGCCAGAGCCUGGCACCGAAAUUAUAUCGGCAGAAAUCGGGUCGUUGGAAAGGUGAGAGGUUCGGUCACUUCAGUCACGUCACAUGGUGUUCUCAGUCACCUUUGCUCGCUUGUUAGUUCUUGUUUUUAUUUUGAAUUUCUUAUCAGUCUCUUUUUUUCUCUCUUUUUCUUAAUUUAUUUACUAUUUUUCUAAAGUUUAUUAUGUCUCCUAAAGUGCAUUAUAGAAGUGGAUUCCAGAAUUUCCCUGAGCAGGAUGUUGUGUUAAUUUAAUGCAGAAAACGCCUGAACUUACCGCGUCUUAAAUUAACACCAGAAACACCACUCAAAGUACUACUAGUUCAUACCGAAAAACACAUUUCUAUUUUUAACUUGUUCAAUGGAACUUUUGCAUAUCUUUUAAUAAGAAACAAAGAAUAAAAACCUUUCCGUUUCAUACGUAUGAAAAAAGAUUAUUAAUCAGCUCACGCUCGAAUUUUUCCUUAAUUAUUGAACAGCUGCUCACAGCUUUCAAAAUGCAAUUUUGCCAUGCAAACGCCUUGUUCGAUUCUGAGUUUUAUCGCCGGAAGAUUAUAAAGAACCUGAGGAAGCUUUCAAGAAAGUUAAUUGAGGUAAGGUUGGCUUUGAGGAUUAUUUUCGCAACAAAAGUACAUCAGCACAAAUCGGGUCCUCGGAAAGAUGAGAGGUUCGGUCCUUCAGUCAAGUCACGUGAUGUCCUCAGUCACCUUUAGUCGUUUGUUUGUCCUUGUUCUUAUUUUUGUUUUUCUUUUCAGUCUCUCUUUUUUUUUCUAAUUUUCUUUAUUUAUUCACUAUUUUUGGAAAAGUUUGUUAUGUCUCCUAAAGUAUAUAAGAGAAGUGGAUUCCAGAAUUUCCGUGUGCAGUCCAAGACUGCACACGGAAAAAAAAAGAAAUUGACAGAAUCAUACAAAAUUCUUUAGAGCGUCUUUAUUGCUCCUUUCUAUGGAAAACUGCAGGAAAUCACGUUAGUGUAACAUAUCUGUCACCUAAUUGAGUAGGUUCAACAAAUGUUAAACGACGCUAUUGCCUAACCGAUCGGAGGGUAUGCUAGAGACAGGCAUUCUUAAUUCUUAAUCAUUAUUCAGCUCUCGAUCGACUAUUUCCUUAUUAAACAGCUGCGCACAGCUCAUAAAUUGCCUAUUUUGCCGUUCAAACGCCUUGUUCGAAUCUGAGUUUCGUUGGCGGAAGAUUAUAAAGAACCAGAGGAGACUUUUAAGAAAGGCAAGAGUAGGAGACAAGGUAGGCUUUAAAUAUUAUUUUCUGAACAAAUUGCUCUUAGCCUUCUUCAAUGUUUCUAAAACGGAGGUCACCUUAAAUUCUAGGUAGAACUGACGGUAAAGUGAGUUUCUGGUAAGGGAAGGUUGUCUAAUAAACCUAAAUUGGGUCGAUUCAUUCGAGUCAGUUUGAGUUCUGAAAAUAACUUAAAACCUCGCUCGGGUGACAUAAGAUUUAAGGGAAACCCAGUUUUCAUUGCCGGCUUUAAAGAAAUAAAAUGUACUACUUGAAAAAGCGAAACAAAUUGGCAGCUACAACUGAGAUCUUCGGGAAAAAAAAUGAGAACCGCUUUGCGUCAAAUUCGUGCUGUACUUGUUAUAAGCCUAUGUAGAGUUUUUUUAGGAAAACAUCUUUCUCAAAUGCUCCUAUGAAGAUGUUUUACGAUAAUUCUUUAAUAGCAAGAUUUAGUCGGAGAGCAUUCAUGGACCUCUUAAUAUUUUCUUCACGAUUUUUAACAUUUGGGAGGAAAAAAAACGUCUGUUUAAGUUGAGUUCAAGCUUUUUCUUGCGUUAUUUUGUCAAAGCCGUUUUUUACCACUUUGUUUCCCUUUGAUUGCUAAGGCUGUUACGUCAUCUGCCAAAUUGUACUAUGUCCGACCUUCUCCGGGACGUCUCCCUGGUUUUUUUUCGAUAAUUGAAAGUGAAAUUUCGGAACAAGAAAGCCGGCAAGUAGCAGCAGAAGAACCAAACAAAGGUUUGUAAACAUGCUAGGCGAAGUAAUUUACGUUAUUAAAACGUGAGCAGAGACGAAAAUCCUCAAAGAGAAAACAAAAUGGAAAUUCCGAGUUUUAAAGGUUUUCAAGGUCAGUUAGAUUUCAAGCUUACGUACGAUAACAAAAAUCAAAGACAGCUAACAAUCGUAUAGUAUAUAAAGUUUUGUGUUCAAAAACAAAACAGAACAAAACAGGAAUGAUGAAAAAUAUAACCAAACUGGCCUAACUGUUAAAAUUCACACUAAUCAUAACGGUGUCAGAGCGACUGCGAUCAUGCUAAGGGCCAUCACGGCUAGCUCAUCAUGGCGAUCUCCGGUCGUCGCGGUGACGCCCCAGAAACUACAUCGGCCGCCCUUCGAGUGUAAAAAUAAGAGCUUGCUCUGAUAUCCUUUCCGAUGCGUAGAGAGGAAGGUCACAUCAGUCCCUGCAGCCGAGUUUUACGGCGCUGUCAUUCCGAGGAAUCAUCAUGUUCCGAUGAAUUCGGCUGUCGUCCAAUCAUAAAACACUCGUCUUGAACAGUUUGUUUUCUACUUGUCAUGUGAAAAAACUUCUGCGUUUUUAUCAGCCACAAUUCGGCUGAAGUUCACUGAACAUUUCACUUUCAGAUUCUGUAUUAGAGACUAAAAACCUUUAGGCAAAAGUGUUAAAUUUGACCUGCUGAACUAUUUAAGUUUGUAAACUAUCGUAGAAUGUGAACUUUGAUGGUUUGACAUUUUUGACAGCUUUAGUCUUGUACAGCCAAUUAGAUUAUUUGAACUGUUCUAUCAGGGAUUCUGAUUGGCUUAUCGUAACGUGCUUUAUUAGAGUGUAGAGCAUGACGACGAUCUGUUGUUCGCUUCGGAAAUAAAGUUUGUAUGGGGAAUUUAACGGAUUCUUUAUUAUAAAACAAAUAGCUUCGUGCGUGCUUUAUAAUAGAACAGAGCACAGUCAAAGCUUCUCUAUUUGUUAAACAAUCAAGGGUUCUUAAGUUGAUGAUCAUUUCCUUUAUUCUCGUGACCUUUUUGUUUUAUUCAGGGUUGAUACUGUAAGGAGAAAUUAGAUGUAAGUCAAUCUUAGAGUUCAAAGGGUUAAUAGCUAAAGGAUUUGUAGAUGAGCUAGAUGACCGCUCUUUAUCAAUUUGUAUAUAAACAAAAUCAGAAAAAAAAGGAUGUUGUUGGCUAAGUUAUUUACUUAUCUUUCUUAAUUAGUAAGAGUAAUAGGACUGAGUGGAGUCCAAUUCGGUUUGCAAUCACAGCUAAAGGAUUUGUAGAUGAGCUAGAUGACCGCUCUUUAUCAAUUUGUAUAUAAACAAAAUCAGAAAAAAAAGGAUGUUGUUGGCUAAGUUAUUUACUUAUCUUUCUUAAUUAGUAAUAGUAAUAGGACUGAGUGGAGUCCAAUUCGGUUUGCAAUCACAGCUAAAGGAUUUGUAGAUGAGCUAGAUGACCGCUCUUUAUCAAUUUGAAUAUAUACAACAUCAGAAAAAAAGGAUGUGAUAAGCUAAGUUAUUUAGUUAUCUAUCUUAAUUAGAGUAUGAUUAAAGAGUAUGAUUACAGACCAAAUUGGACUCCACGAAGUCUUAUUACCAAUAAACUCCAAAAAGUACAAUUUGCGAGAAGAGAAGUAUAGCCAAGUUUUGAAAGAAAGAGAAAAUUUGCAUUAAAAGACUGAAAACAGGGAACAGGGAGCCGGGAACAGGGAACGGAGAACGGGAAACAGAGAACAGAGAAUAGGGAACGGGAAACAGUAACGGGUAACAGGGAACAGGAAAAAGAGUCCAAGGGAAGAGGGACCGAGGAACAGGGAACAGGAAAUAGGGACCUAGGAACAGGGAACAGGGAACAGGGAACAGAGAAAGGGAGACAAGGAACGGGGAACAGUUUAUAGGUGACGGGGAGUGGAGAACGAGAAAAGGGGAAUAGAGAGAGAAAUUAUGCCUAUAUCGAUAUUUUAGUCGAUUUUUCGGUGAACGGUAACAAAAUAAUAGAAACCAGCCAAGUGUGUGUGGGAUAAAUUUUGGCCGCGGUAAAUAACUGAUUUGUUGCCUAAAACUAUGAUUAAUUAUUACUAAGUUCGGAACUAGCGCACGCUGUCAUCAGUUGAAAGAGCGUGCCUUAUCAGAGUACAAAACACGGAGCUGAACUGUCACGCCAUCUGUUUAAUUAUCUGAUUAUUAACAUGUAAUAACAUGAUUUCACAUGCAAUUAGGCGUAAUAAGCACUUGUUUCAUUUUUCAAAGACCAUAAAUUGCACGAACUACAACUUGCGGCAGAUCAUCCGAAAGGUGAUCCUGAGGUUUUCCUGCAUCUGAGAAAGAGAUGUAUUACGAAGUUUUUUUUUUAAAGUUCAAGCUGUGUACAUGAAAGCUUGUACAGAGGGAAUUGCACGUAGGGUCAUUUGCGUGUGCAAUGUCACUAAAAGCAUUAUCAGGCAACGGUGAAAGGGAACGGUGAACAGAGAACGGAGAGCAGAAAAUAAAGAACGGGAAACGUAGAAAGUAGGGCGGAGAAAAGAGAGCCAGAGCCUGGCACCGAAAGUACAUCAGCAGAAAUCGGGUUGUCGGAAGGGUUAGAGGUUCGGUCACUUCAGUUAAGUCACGUGGUGUCCCCAGUCACCUUAAGUCGCUUGUUUGUUCUUGUACUUAUUUUGAAUUUCUUAUCAGUCUCUUUUUUUUUUCUUUCUUUUUCCUCAUUUUUUUACUAUUUUUGUAAAGUUUUCUGUCUCCUAAAGUGCACUAGAAGAGUGGAUUCUAGAAUUUCCGUGUGCAGUCAAGACAUUCGGAUGUUCCUGUUCAUUUAAUGCAGAAAACGCCUGAACUUACCGCGUCUUAUAUUAACACUACAAAAACCAUAUAAAUUAUUUAGUAAGAAACAAAGAAUAAAAACCUUUCCGUUUCAUACAUAUGAAGAAAGAUUGUUAUUCAGGUAACCAUCGACUUUUUCCUUAUUGAAAAGCUGCGCACAGCUUACAAAAUGCCAAUUUGCCAUGCAAACGCCUUGUUCGAUUCUGAGUUUUAUCGCCUAAAGAUUAUAAAGAACCUGAGGAAGCUUUCAAGAAAAUUAUUUGCGAUAAUGUUGGCUUCGAAGAUUAUUUUCUUAACAAAAGUACAUCAGCAUAAAUCGGGUCUUCGGAAAGAUGAGAGGUUCUGUCCUUCAGUCAAGUCAAGUGGUGUUCUCAGUCUUAGGUCGGUUCUUUGUCCUUGUUCUUAAUUUGUGUUUCUUAUCAGUUUCUUUUUUUUUUCGCUUUUUCUUUAUUUAUUCACUAUUUUUGGAAAAGUUUGUUGUCUCCCAAAGUACAUAAGAGAAGUGGAUUCCAGAAUUUCCGUGAGCAGUCCAAGACUGCACACGGAAACAGUCAUGACUAUAAUAAUAACUUUAGUAAUGAUAGCAAAACAAGCGAAAUAGAAACAAAAAGACAAAGGAACAUCUUUGAAGUGUUGGUGUUUUAUUUCCAACGCUAGUUAUCAAUUAUGCAUCCCAUCUGAAUAAAUUAUCAGUCUUCACUUGUGAAUUCAAGACAGUUAGUGAAUAAUACAUGGCGGGCGCAGACAUAGGAUUUCUCUUUGUUCAGCUCGAUGUCUCAGGAGUUCACGCUGAGCUCGCUGUGUCUACUCGUGAGCCGUCGAGUCGAACACAAGAGAAAUUUCCGAAUCUACAAGUGACCAUUAUUAUUUUGUUUAUCAUCUAAACGCAAUAGGUCUUUACCGGAAAGUACAGUCGACUUUAUCAAUGAAUGAAAAAAAUAGGAUCCACCGUCCAUGAAAAAGUCGUAGACUGCGUCGGCGGAAAAGCUAAAGAUGAGAAAAAGCGUCCAAUUAUUACAAAAACAAGCAAUGGGGGCGUAAAGUUCAAUUCGCAUGAUUCUCUCUCUCUCUCUGGGAACCUUUGAACCGUACCAAAUGAGCUGUCGUUCAUCUAAAUGAUCUAAGACAUAUCUGAUUGGUUCAUGCAUGUCAUGUUUGUAGGAAAUAUAUUACGGUGCGCCGUUGAAGGGUAACAGGCCAUGUGGCAUGUCUCGCAUCUUUCUGAGAAAGAGUGUAAAGUAGCCUGUGAAUUCGAAAAAGUUCUAUUUCUGUAAUAAGCGCUCAAUUCCGUGCAACACGACAACAUGAACAAAUGCAUGAAAAGGCGUUUUUCGAGCAGGAAUUGAAAUAUGAAACAAAAUCAAAUAAAAAGAGAUUAAGACCUAUCAACUACAAUCUUUUUAAAUAGAAAAUAAUUGUUUCAAUUUGAGUGAGGAAUAGCUGAACUUUGGGGUCAGAAUGUUAGUUUUCUUUUGCAAUAACGAGCUUACGCGAACGGAAAGUUACGAGCUCAAUAUUCACUGAUUCGUCACUCGUAAAAAGAGUUCGAAAUCUCUUUGAAACAACCUAGGAGUUUAAUGGCCUUCUUAAGCAGCUAUAGGAACUAGUUGCUCUGCACGACCGGUAAGGAAACAAAAGUCGUCUUCAUAUCGGAGAGGGGUUUUUUAAAAGGACGUAGCUAACAUUUACCAAAACAUAUCGAAGGAGGGAUGUAAGACCGUGGGUAAACUUUUUUUGCCUCAAGGGAUACCAAAAUUAAGUACUCUGUUAUCAAAUCAUUGUCGGAAAUACUUUAAUAUUUCUCAAUUAUUUGGAACAGGAAAAGACUUCUCGGAUGGCUUCUUCACCGGAGUGUAUAACUUGGAUGGUUGUGGGCCUGACUGAAUCUGUCACUAUAAUAGCUCUGAAUUAUUUGACAGUGAUUGCAUUUGGUAGAGACCGUAAUCUUCGUAAACGAUCCACAUACUUGAUGAUAAGCUUGGCAGUUGCAGACAUGUUAUCCGGGGGAACUUCUACACUCGCCCUCUUCUAUACCGUUGGAGCGUUAUGCAACUUCUGGAGGUACAAUAUAAAGCAUUGGUAUCAGAUACCAGGUGUCUUAGUCACCUGGUUUCUCGUUUGUUCAUUAACAAAUAUGGCUGUUAUUUCUCUAGAACGCCUGAAUGCAACGUUUUGGCCUUUGAGACAUCGUACGAUCAAAAAGUCAGUCUAUUGGGUUCUUAUAAUCGCCAUCUGGUUGAUAACACUACUCUUUUCAUAUGCAUUAGAAAUGAUUUAUCACUAUAUACGUGAAUGGGACUUUUAUUUCUACACUUAUAGUUCAUUCGUCUCAACUUGCCUUUUGGUCAUUUGUGUUGCUUACGUUUUUAUUUUUGUCAAACUUCGCUUUGGAAAUCAGCCUCGACACCAUGGCGCGGCAAAUUGGGAAAGAAAACUGACCGUGACGUUGUUCACUGUGACUUCUCUCUCUCUCCUAUUUUGGCUGCCUCAUAUGAUAAUUGCUUUUCUAUUUUUUUCCACUAACAUUCCAAGUUCAUUAUCUGAAAUAGCCCUUUUCCGUUUGUAUCGUGUUUCAACCGUCUUGCUUUACGCAAACUCUUUUUUAAAUCCGAUAUGGUAUACCAUAAGAAUGCCAGGUUUUAGGCGAGCUCUAAAGAUGUUAUGUCGCCAACGACCUCAGCCACACAGACAGGUUGAGAACAUUCCCCUUCGUGAGCUUAACCCACAAAAUUGAAUUUAACAAGUGUGGGAGAAAUAACCUUUCACAAAGGUUCAGUGAAGGUAGUUUUUGAUAGGAAGUCUGCUUGAAACUCUCCAACCUCUGCAUUAAAUUUAAAAAAAGGAAAGAAAAAAAGGAGGAAAAUUGAAUUAAUCAGAUUACGUUAAGGAUCAUUUAUUAUUAAACGUGCUUCCUUUGUACGUUUCAUGUGUACGGUUUCGUUUUGCAUUUUGUUCAUUUGGGUUUGUAUUUAGUUCUGCGUCAGUUCAGGUUUAGUUUGAGUCUGUUUAAUUUGAGUUCACGCUUUUUUGUCUGUGAUUAUGUCAAAGCCGCUCUUCACCACUUUGUUUCGCUUUGAUCGUUUCUAUCGCUUUGCCUUGAUUCGCUUCACGUUUUGUAUAGGUUCGCUGGAUUCCGUUUUUGUCAAAGAAGUAAAUAUAAACACGUUAGACAUUGUGAUUGCAAUUUCAAUCAGAUUGUGCAAUUCAACGUUACCAUAUUUUGUAAAUAUCAUAAAGUUAAUAUGCAUUUCCUCCAUACUGUUCUCGAUUUAUUUCCAAUGGGUUUGACAAGGAGAAUUUGUUAAACAAUCAAGGGUUCUUAAGUUGAUGAUCAUUUCCUUUAUUUUCGUGACCUUUUUGUUUUAUUCAGGGGUGAUACUGUAAGGAAAAAUUAGAUGUAAGUCAAUCUUAGAGUUCAAAGGGUUAACAGCUAAAGGAUUUGUAAAUGAGCUAGAUGGCCGCUCUUUAUCAAUUUGAAUAUACACAACAUCAGAAAAAAAGGAUGUGAUUAGCUAAGUUAUUUACUUAUUUAUCUUAAUUGGUAAUGGUAAUAGGACUAAGUGAAGUCCAAUUCGGUCUGGAUCCAUACUUUGUUAUCAUGAGUAUGAUUACAGACCGAAUUGGACUCCACGAAGUCUUAUUACCAAUUAAUUACAAAAGUUACAGUUUGCAAGAAGUAUAGUCAAGUUAUAAAAGAAAGAGAAAAUUUGCAUUAAAAGACUGACAAAAGAAUUGGUGUUUCUAUGAUAAUUGAAACCGAGGCUGUAAUCGGUUGAUUUAAACUACAUCUUUGAAUGUGAUUGGUUGAUUUAAACUACAACUUUGGACGUGAUUGGCUUAUUGAACUGUCCCAUAACAAACUGUCCGAUAACAACUUGGCAAGUAAAUUGUAGGAAAAAUGUGAAUUUUUAAAACCAAUCACAUUUAUGAUGAAGACUGGUAAUCUCAGCAUAAUUACAUAAUCUAAAGAUAAUUAACACUUAUGCAUGUAUGAAAUAAAAAAAAAUAGGAAAUGGGUAGAAUUGUAUUAGCAAUAAACUAACAGAAAUAAAAGUCGACGAAAAUAUAUGAAACAGGCUCCAUUUUCUCGCGCAAGGGGAUGCGAAUGUCGAGCGUGGAAAUUGGAUAAAGCUCAAGACUUCGGCAUUAAAGUCCUACACCAAGGAGAAGAGGGUGAAGUUUGCCUUUCUGUUCGUCUAGUUUUAUUUACUUCAAACUUAGGAAAUAAAAAUUGAGAGAAUAAGGAUCGGUAAAUGUGGAACAGGGAAUAUAGAACGGGGAAGAAAAAAAUGAACGGGGAACAGGAAACAGGCAACAAAGAACAAAGAAAUAGGGAACAGGGAACAGUGAGCGGGGAACAGGGAACUGGGAACAGAGAACUGGAAAAAGAGAACAGAAAACAAGAACAGGGAACGGGUAACGAAGAGCAGGGAAUAGGAAAAAGAGACCGAGGGAAGAGGGACCGAGGAACAGGGAACAGGGAACAGGAAACAGGAAACAGGAAACAGGAAACAGGAAACAGGAAACAGGAAACAGGAAACAGGAAACAGGAAACAGGAAACAGGAAACAGGAAACAGGAAACAGGAAACAGGAAACAGGAAACAGGAAACAGGAAACAGGAAACAGGAAACAGGAAACAGAAAACAGGAAACAGGAAACAGGAAACAGCGAACAGGGAACAGGGAACAGCGAACAGAAAAUAGGGAACAGGGAACAGGGAACAGGGAACAGGGAACAGGGAACAGGGAACAGGGAACAGCGAACAGGGAACAGCGAACAGCGAACAGCGAACAGGCAACAGGCAACAGGGAACGGGGAACAGGAAACAGAGAACAGGGAACAAGGAACAUGAAACAGGGAACAGGAGACAGGGAACAGGUAACAGGUGAAAAGAAACAGGCAACAGGGAACAGAGAGAACAGAGUCUCGCAACUCAGCACUUCUACACGGCGCAAAAAAAAAAAAAGGAAUAUUUCCUUCUUUACAGCGAUUGUUGUGUUCCGCCACUUAACACGUUUUGCUUCCCAGUUUGCUGACCGUUUUGCUAGUCGUGAGUCUUAGCUGCAUGUGGAAUGUCACUAAAAUCAUUAUCAGACAACAGUGAUAGGGAACGUUGAAAAGUACAACAGUGUCAUCUCUGAAAAAUCAGUCUACAAACCGACCGAGACCUUUCAAUAUACUCACUAUUCAUCUUGCCACCCGCCAGGUGUUAAGAAAGGCUUUAUUAAAGGAGAAGCUAUCAGACUUCUAAGAACAAACUCCUCGGAAAGAAAUUUCCAGGAGGCCAUGUGUAACUUCAAAACACGACUUGAAGCACGUGGUUACCCAAAAAGCCUAAUUGAAAAAACGUUAUCUGAGGUCUCGUUUGCCGCAAGGCAGCCGACACUUAAAAAAAACCAAAAAAACUAAAGGCAAAAUAUUGCCUUUUGUGACAGCAUACCACCCAGGGGUUAAAAAAUUUUAAAAAAAUACUGAUGCAAGAAUGGAACCUCAUCCAAAAUCAGCCACUGCUGAAAACAAUUUACAAAACGCCUCCGAUUAUAUCAUACAAAAGAGGUAAAUCGCUCAAAGACAUACUCGUCAGAGCGAAGCUUUAACUAAAGGCUUUUGCGUCGCAAACGUAAAACCACACAGGGGAGUCUGUGUAGGCCUGUCUAUGACCUUUUCAAUGAGUGUAACCUAACUGUCACCUAACUGAAUGAGUUAGACAAAUGUUAAAUUACGCUAUUGCAUAACUGAUCGGAGGGUAUGUUAGUGACAACUCCAUUCUGGUCCCUGGCCACAGGUGACAGUCAACCUUUAGUCGUCGCGUGACUCAGACUUUUUGUCCCGGCUUUUCUUGUAAUACAUCUACGAUAGCCCACAACUGUCACGGCAAAUGAAGAACCUCACGGCAAAAGAAAAAACCUCACGGCAAAAAGAAAAGACUCAUGGAAAACGAAAAAACCCCACGGCAAAAAGAAAAAGACUCACGGAAAAAGAAGAAACCUCACGGCAAGAAGAAAAGACUCGGGAAAAAGAAAAAACCUCACAGCAAAAAGAAAAAAACCUCACGGCAAAAAGAAAAAACUCACGGCAAAAGAAAAAACCUCACUGCAAAAGAAAAAACCUCACUGCAAAAGAAAAAAACCUCACGGCUAAAAGAAAAAGACUCACGGCAAAAGAAAAAACCUCGCGGCAAAAGAAAAAACCUUGCGGAGCAAAAUGGAAUUUUGCUGCGCAUGUUCUGUAAAUUUUAGUUUGAAGCGAGAAACAGCUGCUAUGCGCCUACGUCGGUUUCCCGCUCAAGAAUUGCGGAAGAAAAGAGGCAGGAAAGUCCGUUGGAAAAAAAACAAUGAAUCGAGUAUUUGAGAAAACCUUUUUGGUGAUUUUUCCCUCUGUAACUUAGAUGGAAGCGGCAAAGUCUUAAAACUGUUCUGUGGUGUGUGGAAGGAAGUUAUUUUCAAAAAGCAAAAGAUUGCAUAAACGACUUCGAGUCUUCUCUUGGGAUUGUUUGGGCGAUCGAUGAUAUUAUUUGUGAAGGAUGCAAGGGGCCUGUCGAAGAGUACAAACGAAUUGGUUAGUAUGCUUUGAUCGUGUCAUUGCUAUCUCAAGGUAUCUCACUUUCCUGUGAGCGUUUUUUAGAGAUUCAACUGUACUGCUAAUGCAAUGUACUUCCAAUUUUAACCAAAAAUUAAAGUUUACGGAAGUUUAUGUUUCGUUUCCAAAUUUUUUUUUUUUUUUUGACAUGAACCACAAUCGGCGGGGCCGAUUACCAAAACAAAAAUGGUCAAUGUCGAGUAAAGAAAAGUAAGACAAUGUCAGUAUUAGGGGCGAAUACUGUGGUUACAUUAAAGAGCUUGUUAGAAAUGGAGGAACAAUCAUGGAUUUUAUCGGAGUAUGAAAAAGUGUUUUCAACCAUUAGUCUCUAAAAUAUCAUCAGAGAUUAUUAAGAGGCGAUCUCUGUAAGAGCGGUCCAGGGCAUUUCGCAUCGGAAAAAAGUCUUCCCUCAAACUUUGCCCAAUAAACUGUUUUUGGUAACAAGUAAAUAAAACAACAUUAGUUUUGGAAAUACCUCAAAAUAAAAUUUUUAGAGCUCUCAAAAGUCAAAGCUGCAAAAGGCCCUUUUUUGACCUCUUGCGACAUCGAAAAUUUCAAAUGUUGAAUAGCCCGGUCCUCGUAUCACACCGCAUGCAACAAAAAAUAUUUUGUAUUCUUAAAGUGUGUGAUAUAUAAGGUGUAUAAAAUGCAUUUCAUAUUCGUUUAUUCAGAGGCUCGUUAUAAUUUAUUUAAAAAGACUCUUUGGACAGCUUUCUGAAAUUGGUUAAAAGUACUCUUUCUUUCUCGAUUGAUAUUGCUCAAGUCCAGACCAGACCAUUAAAAACUCCGCUUGAUUUCUGCUAACAAGAUGUUUGGCUGCAGAAAAAUAUGAAAAUAUCUUGCACUUAUUGAUUUUCUUCGCCGAGGUGACUUCGAACUUUUAGCGAUAUUGCAAGCGUGACAGCCCAUUAUGCAAAUUGGUUCAUUGAGCAAACUCCGACCGUUUUAUGUGAGUAGCUCGAUAAAUCUUAGAUUUUAACCAUUUUAAGUAGAAAAUAUAGUAGGACAGAGCUUUAAACCACACCGAUUAAUACUUUAAGCAUUUUAAAAGGCCAAAAUUUGACAAAUUUUGUUAUCUCGUGACGAAAGACGUCAACAACAACGUAUCGAAUAUCAUAAUUUGAUUAGCGCUCGCAAACCCCUUUUUUAAAAAUUUGGCUUCUGUUAUUUCAUAUUUCAGUUCUGAUGGCUUACGCUAUUCAAACCUGUAUGACCAUUUCAAAAUUAAACUACAGGAUUCUAUUUAGUGUAACCGGCGAUAACAGCACACACUAAAUUCACCGUGACUAGUGACUCUGUCACGUAAUUCCAUCGUGUAAUCGUCCUGAAUACUUCUCACGUCUAAAUAAAGCAGCGAUUUCUCCGAUUUCUCGCUGAAAGGGAAAAAGUGAUAUUUGGUCGUCACAUCUGUCUGCAUAACAGUCUCUGUUCAUAAGUUUGAAGAGUUCUUGUAAAAAAAGAUAUCGCAUUCGCAUAACGGGUGGACGUCAUAACUAGAUUGCAUAACAACUGCACUCUGAAAUCAUUUCCUCCAUUUUUGCAAGAGGUGCUGCAUUUGUAUCUUGCAUUUUGAAUGCGAGCUCAAAAUGUUCGCAUAUGUCUCUUAGCAUCUUGACUUUGAGACUAGACAACCUUGCUUCUCUUGCCAACGAGCACACAUCAUAGAUAUCAAACAUGAUUGGAUGUUUCAAUCUAUCUUAUCCAUUACUGUGUUCCUCGCCUCUCUCAAACACCCUUCGUCUACAUCAGACGCGGAUGCUUCUAUCAAGUGGUCGUCUGCGUCGGUGGCAUCAUCCGAUUCUUGUUGUAUUUUAGAUUGCUGUUUAAGGCACAAUCUCGAGAAGAAACCCUGAAUCUGUAUGUUGGAUAACCACUCUGUUCUAUCGAACAUUCUCUCUCCAUCUAUUGUGCAAGCAGUUCGCAUAUCCUUUGCUACUUUCUCUGGGUUUGGUUUCUGCCAGUGUCUCAUCCGAUAUUAAAUUUCUGUUUCAAGUACUGCCUGACGUUUUGCGAAAGCCGUUCACUUGCACCUCUCUUAUGAAGAGCCCAUCCCAUGGGAAGCUUUGAUGUACUUGUCAAGGGUUCUGUGGCCACUGCAACCAGUUCAGUCGAACUUUCACCCUCUAAUGACAAUGACUGAAAGUAAUGAACCCACUACCUCUUCACUUUGUCAUAAAGACUUUAAGUCAUGCUCGCAGGCACAGGACUUACAUGAUGAACUAGCUAGUUCAUAUGGAAGUCAAGGUCGGCCUGCGUCUUAAAAUCUUCAUCGCAACCAGGUUCAGGGCAUUGAUAGGAACUGAUGUCCGAGCCCUCGUAGAGUUGAUACUAGCUUAUUGUUGUGAUAGCAACCUGCUUUAUCCGAUCUUAUAAAGGGCCUUUUUUAUUCCUGAAUUUCUUAACUUUAUGGUGACAAAGAGAUUUUCUAGGACUGACAGCACUGAAAACCAGUCUUUUUUACAGCUGUUAAGAAGGUCUACGUAUCAGGUUACUUCCAGGCUUUCCUCCUGUCUUACAACAGCGCUACUCACAUGCCAAUUGAUUUCCCUCUAGGGGAACCAUUCUGCUUGCUUUUCCCGGAACUUCAUCGCUAUGAACUUCAUUGUCCAGUCAACUAUUAUAAAUGCUUCAUCUCCCUCCAAAGUAUCGAAAAUUUGCCGCUCGUACUGAUCCUGGUUUCUGCUCUCAGGAUAUACCCUCUCCAUUCAAAGCUCCUAGCGGCAGCAUUUUUUGCUUCAUACAGAUAGUCUUCCGCUUGAAACCUACCCAAUUGCAUUGUGUACUCAGAAAUAGCGGCUUUUACUUCUUCAAGAACACUCUUCAACAUCUCACAAUCCUCACACUUCACGUUGUGACUGUGACUGCACACUUUCUGAACUUCAGUGUCACCAGCAUAGCUCAGUGCAAAGACCCUACAGUGAUCGGCACAUAUGCUAUCGUCCUCUUCGCAGUGAUUACGGUAUGUAGUCUUCAAAUACAACUUGCUCUCCUGAAGCCUCUUCCGAACUUCUUUACACUAGUCCUUUUCUACUCCCACGCUUUCCAAUUCGUCUAUAAUUUGGAGAAAAUCCUUGAAACCCUCAGCUGCAGUAUCGUGUAAACCUCUAUAUAACACCAUACAUCUUAGAAAUGGCCUUUGACUUUUGCAAAUUGACAGAAUACCGGCUCUUUAGCCCUUUGGAAUCGCUACCAGGGUGUGUCGGAUACUGGCACGCUGAACUUUGGCGCCAGAACUUCCCAUAAGUGUGCCUAUGCUUUGCGCAGACCCACAUUUUGCGAUAACUGAGUCUUCUGCAUCGAACAGGCCAGCCCUUGCAAAGAUAAGCUCUCCUUCUGUGAAACUCUCUUUUGACAAAUGGAUUAAGCAGAGAUGACUCUUUAUUGAGUCAGUACUCUGAGGCAAGUUAAACAAACCGGAAACUCCUCGUGAGUCUUCUAACGAAGUUUCUGAAGAACGCGACUGAAAACAGGACUUCUUUUGGCGAAUACCGCUUCAAGAAUUUAGUGUUAUUAAUCCCAAUCAAACCAGUACCGAAAGAGAAAUAUGAAUUACAGCUAAUAUAAUUACGCACUUUACAGUAUAGAUAUAGCUAAUUGUUGGAAAAAUGAGGUCACACGUAAAGUAAUAAUUUAUUUCCUCAAAAAUCGCGUGGUCCUUUUCCACAAGAACUCCCUAGAGUUCUGAAUAGAAACUUUCAUAAAGACAGGUGUGCAGACAAAAUUUCUCUUAUUCCUACCGACCAGAAUUCGGAUCCAAAAGGCGAUGUUAUCGCUGCUUUAUUAAGAAGGGAGAAGCAAAUGAGGAUAAUUACACAUGUGCAAUUGAAUUAUGUGACAGUGGUCACGGUGUAUUUCAGUGUGUGCUGUUAUCGCCGGUUACACUAAAUAGAAUCCUGUAGUUUGGUUUUGAAAUGUUCAUACAGGUUUGAAUAGCGUAAGCCAUCUCAAAUAUGAAAUAACAGAAGCCAAAUUUUUAAAAAGGGGUUUGCGAGCGCUAAUCAAAUUGAUAUUCGAUACGUUGUUGUUGACGUCUUUUGUCACGAGAUAACAAAAUUUGUCAAAUUUUGGCCUGUUAAAAUGUUUAAGGUAUUAAUCGGUGUGGUCUUAAAGCUCUGUCUACUAUAUUUUCUAUUAUAUUUUCUACUUCUAAGAUUUAUUGAGCUACUCACAUAAAACGGUCGGAGUUUGCUCAAUGAACUAAUUUGUAUAAUGGGCUGUCACGCUUGCAAUAUCGUUAAAAGUUCGAAGUCACCUCGGCGAAGAAAAUCAAUAAGUGCGAGAUGUUUUUAUAUUUUUCUGCAGCCAAACAUCUUAAUGGCAGAAAUCAAGCGGAGUUUUUCUGGUCUGGACUUGAGCGAUAUCAAUCGAGAAAGAAAGAGUACUUUUAACCAAUUUCAGAAAGCUGUCCAACGAGUCUUUUUAAAUAAAUUAUGACGAGCCUCUGAAUAAACGAAUAUCAAAAUUGAAAUGCAUUUUAUACACCUUAUAUAUCACACACUUUAAGAAUACAAAAUAUUUUUUGUUGCAUGCGGUGUGAUACGAGGACCGGGCUAUUCAACAUUUGAAAUUUUCGAUGUCGCAAGAGGUCAAAAAAGGGCCUUUUGCAGCUUUAACUUUUGAGAGCUCUAAAAAUUUUAUUUUGAGGUAUUUCCAAAAACUAAUGUGGUUUUAUUUACUUGUUACCAAAGAUAGUUUAUUGGGUAAAGUUUGAGGGAAAACUUUUUUCCGAUGCGAAAUGCCCUGGACCGCUCUUACAGAGAUCGCCUCUUAAUGAAGUACGAAACAAAGAAUAAAAACCCGUCAGGUUCAUAGCGGAGCCACUCUCUCUUCUCUCAACAUCUCGAGGUGUACUUACUGCUCAGGUUAUGAUGACCAUGCUUGCGAUACGAAAUUUGUUUCGCUAAUGCUGGAAACUGAAGAAUCAAUCUCUGAAAUCGAUAGUCAUCGCGAUUUGCAAGACGCAUCUGUGCUGUGAUCGCGUAAUUAAACGGGGUCUUGGCAAUUUGAGUUCACAAGCACGCUGGUAAGCACAUGGUUAGCGUAAAUAAUUGUUGAUAAUUGAGAACCAUUUUUGAGAGUCUUUUUCUCUAACCUUCAUGGAUAUUUUCGGUUGAAUUCAUUGAGGUACAAUCUCGGAAUUUUGUAAGUGAUUAUGAUCGAUAAUUUCGUAUCCGCACCAUAAUUUAGGGAGGUUUUGUUAACACAUUAUCAGUUGACAAUUCUUGAACCAUUUCCGUAACCUACUUGGAUAUUUUCUUUUGAAUUAAUUCAGUCACACUCUCGGAAUCUCAUGAGUAAUUAAGAACGAUAAAUCCGUAUAUGUAGCACAAGUGAAGCACAUUUUAAACUUUCCAUACGAUUUUAGGGAACUAUAUUUAAUUGACUCUCGAUAAAUUGAAAUGCCAUAACUCGCUAAUUAUUAUAUUAUUUUGUAGCCCCAAAAGCCCGGCUUAUGACUCUAGAGGUACUGAACUUGAUAUGUCUGAUACACAAGGCACCCUUGAAGGAGGAAGGUUAGAAUAAAAUAAUUGCCUUUACGACCGUAUACUGCACCCGGUUUACAUAAUUAUGUAGAUAAUUGCUAAAAAAAUAUCUAUUAUAGCGGAGCUCGCAGAGCGUAGCUCCAUAAUUAUACAAAAUAGUAGUAACCCAUCAAGCCCAAAAAAUUUGGAUGUACGACCGUACGACCGUACAAGGUGCCAUUUUUAACAUGCAUGGUCAACUGUACCGCGGGCACGCCAACGCCACGACUUUGUCCAGUAGUCCAGUGGUCAGUGCACUAGGCUCCGAGUCGGACAACCCUGGUUCUAGUCCCGGCCGGGGCAAGGCAUUGUGCACUUGAGACGUUCGGGAAAAAAAAGUGCGAGCUCAGCUUUUAGGCUUGGCUAAAUCUCUAUACUACCUUUCUUCAGAAGCAAAGACACGUAGGUAAUAUAAAUGAAAUUCUCUUUUCAUCCUUGUAGAGAUAUUACACAUUUCUUAAACUAAAAUCUGAAUCAUGAAGUCAACUUAAUUUCAAUGAGUUUGAAACUUCAUUGUACAUAAGAACACUUUACUGGAGUAUGUUAUAUUUAUUUGCUAUCUUUGUGGUACAUAUGAUUACAUAACCCUUUAACUUUCAAGAUUUCAUUAAUAAUUACCUUUAUUGUCUGCCAUACAAUUUAUGUGAUGUUUGGUUAGAGAAUUUGGAAUUGGAUCAACCACAUAUCCCCUAAUUGAUAUUUUUCUUUAUUCUAAUUACUUGUCUGCUUGAUAUUGUACUGAUAGUGUAAGUAGAAAUUCCGUCUAGGUCACUAGCGGGACUAAAACAGUUAAAAUGGGGGAUUUCAUUAUAUUGUAAUGAUUAAAAUUUUCUUAUGCUUUCAAAUGUAACAAAAAAAAAUGUGAUGAGAAUCUGAUGUUAUGAAAUAAUGGAAAAACCUGUUGCUGGUAGCUUAUGUCUUUAAUGUUUAAAUGUUCGUGGGAACUGCUUUUCUUCGAAAGUGAGGAUACAGUAGUUUCAAAGCUGAUAGAAAUAAGCUGUUUGCAAGUAAUGAAAAGCAAACUGACCAUCAUACCUCGAUGCUUGACAUGCUUCACUCAAACAUUUCAGUUGUGUGUACCUAUCAUUGUAGAGAUGUCUUUCAUGAAAAAUAUUUUUUGGUGUGGCCGUCGUUCUUUGUUGAUCUUUGUAGCUAAAAAAGUUGGUAAAGGCACUGAACUUCAAUUUUUAUGUAUACAAGGCACCCUCCAAGGUGGAUGAGUGGAAGACCAUAGACUGAUGUUUACCAGGCAGUUGCAAUUACCACAAUUAUUUAUUCAAGCAAUACUCUACAUACGUAAAACUGAUUACACGAUGUCUUUAACCCUUUACAUCCUAACAUCAGUACGCAUAUUCUCCAUACUGUUCUCCAUACAUUUCCAUCUCAUUUAAAUUUGGCAAGGAGAAUUUUUUUAAUAAUCAAGAAUUUCUUCAGUUGAUUAUCAUUUCCUUUAUUCUCAUGACCUUAAUGCUUGAUUUAGGGAUGAUAUUGAAAGGAGAAAUUGGAUACUAGUCACACUCAGGAAUUAAAGUGUCAAUAACUGUGCACAUUUUAUAUGCCCCUUGCAUUCGUGUGCAACAAUAGUUAAGAUUGUUAGGAAAGCAAACAGAUGAACAGAAGACACUGAAAAGAGGGAAACUGUAAACUUUACUCUAUGGUAAAAGAAACAGUCACAGAAUACUUUAGAAGGGAAACUUGAAUAGUGCUAGCCAAUUUCCUCUAUCGCCCUUCAUGUUUUCGAUCAAAUAAAAUUUAAUCAGUUGUCGGGUUUGCUUACAAUUUGUCAAAUCACCAUUGUGGACUUGAUUCUUCUCAGAUGUCGGCUGGCAAAAGAUAGAUACUAAAAAUAGAUGACCAUAAGAAAAAGUACACAUCUUAAAAAAAAUUACACUGAAGUGGUAACAUGAUUGAUUUGUGAUAUUUAAAACGACAGAGGCAGGAAAAACACUUUGAGCUUUUUCCUCCUCACUAGCAAGUUUAUAAGAUUUCAGAUUCUACUUUCAAACUGGGUGAGAUUAAAUUUCUUUAUAUCAUGCUCCAUUAUGGUUUGUUUACAUGGAAAGGAAAUUGUUAUUGUAGCUUCAUAGAUGUUUUCAUUGCUGUUGCAACUAACAUUCAUAACAAAGUUUCAUUAAACAUAGAAUGUUUCAAGAACUUUCUUUGUUUCUCUUCAAUACUAUUUAUUAUUUUUGGAGCACUAUUGACCAUUUACAACCUAACAUCAGUAUGAAUAUUCUCCAAACUGUUCUCAAUACAUUUCCUUAUGUGCUGGCGGGAAGAAUUUGUUUAACAAUCAAUAGGUUCUUCAGUUCAUUAUUAUUGCCUUUAUUCUCGUAACCUUAAUGUUUGAUUCAGGGGUGAUAUUGAAAGGGGGAAUUAGACGCUAGUCACUCUCAGGGAUUAAAGGGUUAAAGGAGGCAGGUUAUUAAAAUAAUUACAACUAUGAUUCAAACAAGUAUUUGAAUAUGUGAGUAACAUUUGAUGUUUUCACAUGUGACAAGGUGAUCAAGCUGAAGUUGGCCUCAAAAAGGAGUGAACUUGACUGUAACAAUUAGGUCACUACUUUUGAAACUCGAGCACUUAAUAAACACACCUUGGCUUGCAAUUCUGGUGAUUACAAUUUGCUGAGGCAAUUGAAAUGCCAGUCCCUAUGCAGGAACCAUCCACAUGACCUGUACUAUCAUAAACUAUGUGAUAAUUUUAGAAAAAUGCAUUUGUGUCAGUAGAACUAUUGUAAGUACAGUACCACCUAGUGACAAAAAUUAAUGAUUUCCUGUAAGUAUGAAUGUUUGGGAGAAGUUAUAGUGGUAACUGACCCUUUUUUUGGCUAAAAUGCAUAGGAUUUGAUGAUUGCAAUGUAUAUCUCUUAGCUUUUAAACUUUCAACUUUGUAUUAAUUGUAAUUAUUUACCAUAUUUAUUUUUUCUACCACAAGUUCUCAAAAGUUGAAGCAGUUUAGUCAAUUACUUGGCUUUCUUUGUCUGGAAUUGUGUGAUUAUAUCAUUUUGCUGUGUAAGUUGCUAGAUUGUAACAUGUAAUAUUAUUUUUUAAAUUGCAUUAAAUACUCUUGCUCAAGCUUUCAUUAAUGUGUGGUCUUUCUUACCAAUACUCAUACCCAAACUAAACAUUGAUAUAAUGGAUUGGUCUCAAGAUAUGUGAAUUUUAAAGGGUGGAAAACUGGAAAGCAAAGAUUGCCCUUUUUAAGGCGGGGGUAAACCUGAAAUUUGCUCAAAAACUGAGUUUUUUGUUUUCCUCGGAAUUUGCAGCUUUGGGUAUUCAACUUCGCUAUGGAAAAAUAAUUUUCUACUUAUUUUCACUAUUUUUGCCUUUUUGAGCGAUUUCAAAAUUCCCGCUCUGGCUAAUGGCGUGGUUACCAUGGCAACGAGAAGAGCAUUUUUUUUUUUAUUUUUCAGCUGUUUAUGACGUGUUAUUCUGGCAACCAAGCUCCCAAACGGGCAGGAUUUAACGAGAGAUACUUUAUGUAGUCUUAUCUGAAUGGUUUUCUAGGGUCAAAACCAUUAUGGGAUAGAUUUAGAGGCAGUUUUGGUCGAAUGUGACACUCGGUGUACUCGGAGCAAUCAAAGGAAAAGUUAUAAUCAAAGGAAAAGUUAUAUCGAAAAUGGUCAGAGAGAAAAGUAGAUCUGUCUACAGGAAGAAAAGAAAGAAAGAUUUUUUCUGGAAGGCGAAAACAGAAAGAAGAGUCUGAAGAAACAGCUCCUGAUGUUGACGAAAUCGCCGCCUCAACUCCGAGCACUUCGCGGGAUGAAAAUCAGCUCUCCGACUCGGACUCUAAAGAAACCGUUGGUUCCUCCAGAAAGAAAAUUAAAUAUACCGCUUCUUUUAUACAGCUCUGAUGAAGAGUAUACCUUUAAUACCGAGGAAAGCGAGGGAUAUAGAUUAAUAAAUGUGAAAAAUUUAUCCACGGCCGUCUCAAAGGCACACGUGUGUGAGAAAGGUGAGAAAUUUUUUUAAAUUUGUCUUUCGUCUAAAUAUGCUGAUUUAUCUAUUAAAUCUUGGAUUGGGUAAGAGGAAGAUUUUUAGGCAAUGUGCAUAUACACUGUAAACAAAAAAUUAUGGGGAAAAAUCACAGAAUGUGUAUUUCUGACUUGAGGUCUUUACUUUGCUAAUAACAAAAUUGCCCAAUUUAUCUUAUAAUUUUCACUCGAUUUGUCUUAAGGCACCUUAACUCUUGAGGAAGAUAAAAGUGCAAGAGUGGGGGUUACAGUUUUCCCUUCAGUGCAGUUCCUGUGAGGAAUCCAGUCCACUUCCACCAUCCAGUGGUGUGACCCAGCGAGGGAAAUCAUAUGACAUUAACUGCUGAGUCUUUUAGUAGGCUAAAAAUCAUGGAGAGGCUUUGUAUCCCUGGUGGUGUUUGUACAAGAGAGGCAACACAUGCAAAAGACAGUAAAAGAUUGGCUAGUCCAAUUUGCAGGUUAUGCAGAAGGAAAAGAGACGGUGUCAAGGGAAGCGACUUCUGAGGACUCAUCGAGAGGAAGCCCUUCGAGAAGCUGAAGGAGUUACUUAUGAACCAGGAGGCUUUUAAAUUACUUUUAGAUACUCCUGUGGACAAAAUAUGGACACUUGGGCCACUAUAGUGGUUACAUAUUGUAAAAAAUUAAGUUUGAUUGCUAUCUGUAAGUUUAAAGGCUAUUUUCUCAUUACGCAAUAAUUUUGUCUUCAAGAAAAGAUAUCUUGACAACAAUUUAUCCAAUUGAUCUGAAAUUUUCAGCAUUUGUUCCUUUUGAUAAGUUUUGUGUUAUAAGCAGAGCAAUUUUCCAUAUGAUGUAUGUACUUAAAGUUAUGAAGUGAAACACCCCUCUGAUUUUCCAUGUCAAAUUUAAUUGAUCAUCAUUUAAAAUGUUUUCAACAUAUUAGAAAUCCCUCUGCUUAUAAUAAUAAGCAACAUGUCUUCUUUGAAUUGAUGCUAAAAACAUUAUUUUUUAUUAAUUCCAGAAGGAAGUUACCCCUGGUAGAACCCAGCAGGUGGCUCAAUUAAAUGAGUGGUAUCCUAUUACAAUUGACAUGUUGAGUCUGAAAUAUAUUUUUUCAUGAUCUUCAAGUCAUAAGCUUUCCAGGGAUAUAUAGUUUGCCUAAGUUUUGAAGUAAGUCCUAGCUGUGAAAAAUGAGUGAAAAAUGGGCAUUUUUUCAGGUUUACCCCCGCCUUAAUUAGGACUGAAAUUAAAGUUGGCACUGCUAUUUUAAUUCAUGUUUUUAUUUUACCCUACAUGAAAGUUAAAUUAAUUUUCAUUUCCAUAAUUCACAAAGCAAGAAUAUAAAUGACUUAGCUUAAUAGGUUAUAAAAUUGAAAUAAGAAAGUUGUGCAGACCACAUCUUGCCUUUUAUCCUUCUCUGGAUAUUUACUCAAAGAACAUAGUCACUAUCAGUCCCUCUCACUCUCACUUUCUGCUGAGCUUGUGGAGAGAUGAUAACCUCUUUUUUUUUCUUUUAAUGAAGAAAGGAAAGCCUGCUUUCUUACCACAGAUAGUUCUUUUGUGCAUCAUCGGUAUAUACCUAGUCUUAUUUGUACCUGAAGUUGAUUGUUCUAGAUAGGCUAACCUAAUAUAUUAGUUGUGAAAAUUUCUUUGACUGACUUAAUUUGACCUGACAAACCUACUUUAACCUGAAUAAAUAGAAACUUGAAAUUUACUUCUUUUCCUUUUGAGAUGUGCAUAAAAAUUUUGAAGUCAUGGCGGGCUUGAACUACAGGUUUAUAAGAAAUCUGCAUGUGUGUGUCUGUUUUCAACAUAUAAAACCAGUAAAAAGGUUGCUUAGCUUUUUUCAUUAGUAGAGAUUUGUUUUUCUAAUAACCUUGUUUAUUUGGCCUAUGCUGAGUUUUAAUUUUUCAAACAAAGUUUCAUUCUUUUGAAUAUACCUAGAUCUCCUUGGAUCAGUUAAUAUUCAUGUCAUUAAAACAAUCACAUCAAAUCUUGCAGAUGUUUGGUACAUUUUUCCACUGAUCUCCUGACAUUUCAUCAUGUGUAGGGAUUGAACUGACAUCGCACACCUCCCCUGAAGAAGAAAAGAUUCUCUAUCUUCGAAAAUUCGCUCAAAACAUCAGGAACUACAACGAAGAUCCUCAGCUGCUUGAAGAUACCGCUGACUAGCAUGCGUUUCAUCGACGUCGUCCCCAGGUUCCAGACCUCGCCAAUUCUUCCCUUCCCUCCCCACCUCCCGGACUGGUCUCUUAAUCCCCUUGAAGAAACUCUUCUACAGCCAAAGCUGAAGAGUUUUAUUACAGUUUUUAUUGUAAUGAGGGGCUAGAAAAUAAACUAACAAGAGCUUCGCUUUUAUGCUCGGCUAAAUCUAUAUAUUACGUAUGAACAAAGAUUAUUAUUCAGAUAGCGAUCGACUUUUAAGAAAGUUAGUUGAGAUACGGUAGCCUUUGAAUACUAUUUUCUUAACAAAGUACAUCGGAAAAAAACGGCUCUUCGGAAAGGUGGGAGGUUUGGUCACUUCAGCCAAGUCACGUGGUCUUAUCAUCGCCGUCUGGCUGACAGCACUACUCUUUUCAUGUGCGUUGAGAAUGAUUGAUUACUAUGCACGUGAAUGGGGCUAUUAUUACUACGCAUGGAGUUCAUUCAUCUCAAUUUGUCUUUUGGUCGUUUGUGUCUCUUACGUUUUUAUUUUUGCCAAGCUUCGCUUUGGAAAUCAGCCUCGACACCAUGGCGCAGCAAACAGGGAAAGGAAACUGACCGUGACGUUGUUCACGGUGACUUCUCUCUCUCUCCUUAUGUGGCUGCCUUAUGUUAUAACUACUUUUCUGUUUUUUGCCACUAACAUUUUAAUGUCAUUGUCUGAUAUGGCGUUUUUCCGUUUACAACAUGUGUCAAUAAUCUUGCUUUACGCAAACUCUUUUUUAAAUCCGAUAUUGUAUACUAUGAGAAUGCCAGGUUUUAGGCGAGCUCUAAAGAUGUUAUGUCGCCAACGACCUCAGCCACAGAGGCAGGUUGAGAUCAUUCCCCUCCGUGAGAUUAACCCACAAAUUUGA